AGUUUAAUAUGAUUCGCUUUCGAAUGCUGCUCCUCUCUCCAUCGCUCCCUUCCGUCUCGCCGUUGAUUCCUUCCUCCUCCCUCUCCCUCCCUCUUCGAUCUCUUCUCUCGGCGUAUCGUGGUGCGAUUCGAUUCGUUUCUCUUUGAGUUUCAUCGGUUCCUGUUGGGAUAUUGUUCCGAUGCGGUCGUAAAUUGUCGCUCUUCGACGGGAUUUGAGUUGUAUUUGCUAAAAUUGGUCCGCGAUCGGGGGAAUUUUCUCGGGGUGGGUGACGUCUUCUUUCUUCCGGAUUUAGGAGGAGGAGGAGGAGAUGAGGGGCGUCAAUAAUAGCGUGGAGACUGUGAAUGCGGCGGCUGCAGCGAUUGUCGCUACUGAGAGUCGCGCCCAGCAAGUGACCGUCCCGAGAAGAAGAUGGACUGCCUGGCUCAGUGUGUAUUGGUGCUUUGGAUCGCACAGAAAUGAGAACCGCAUCAGCCAUGCUGUCCUUGUUCCUCAACUUGCAUUUCCUCGGUCGGAUACCCCUGCAAUUGAGAACCCAAACAAUCCACCUGAAGUGAGGCUUCCAUUCAUUGCCCCACCUUCCUCUCCAGCUUCCUUUCUACCAUCAGGAACUCCCUCUGCCAUGCAAUCACCUGUGGCUCCUAUUUCUCUCUCUGUUCUCUCAACAAACACCUACUCCCCAAGUGGUCCGACUUCCAUCUUCGCCAUUGGGCCUUAUGCAAAUGAGACUCAAUUGGUGUCACCCCCAAUCUUUUCCACCUUCACAACUGAACCUUCCACUGCUCCUCUUACUCCCCCACCAGAGCCUUUGCACUUGACAACCCCUUCUUCUCCUGAGGUACCAUUUGCCAAAUUGCUGACUUCUUCCUUUGAUGCAAACUGCAAGAAAGCUGAGGCGUAUGAGUUCCCAUCCUACCAACUUUACCCUGGAAGUCCAAUCGGUCGCCUUAUCUCACCAAGUUCAGCAUGUUCCGGUCCUUCCUCGCCAUUCCCUGAUCCUGAUUACCACUCAGCUGACAUCUCUUUCCAAUCAUUCCCUAUUGGCAAACCACCGAAAAUCUUGAGUGCUGAAGGAGUGGCUGCAAGAAAGCUUGUUCCUUGGAAUGCUCGGAUUGGUGGAUCACAUUUGGACGGUAAUAAAUCUGCAGCAGCGCCAGCAGUGGAAUCUGCUGUUCCACCUAGGAAUAAUGAACACGGAAUGGAUCACAGAGUAUCAUUCGACUUAACUGCUGAAGAGUUCACACGCUGUUUGGAAAAGAAGGUAGCAAUCUCCUGCGAAGGGACUUCUGAAAGCUUUACAGCAAGAACUGAUGGGGUUCUUGUGACUAACGAGGCAGAUAACAAUAGGAGAAUUGACAUUGACGAUAGCUACCAUGACUUGACUGAGAAAGUCCAAUCUUCUCUCAAUCUUCCUCCAACUAAAGAAUUUAAUUUUGACAACUCAGAUGGGAUUUCAGAUGCACCUAGUGCUGGUUCUGACUGGUGGGCCAACGAGAAGGUCAUUGGCACAGCAUCUGAGCAUCAAAAGAGUUGGGCUUUUAUGCCGAUGAUACAGCCAGGGGUGAGCUGAUCAGCCAUUUUGCUUGUAUUUAUGCAAAUCAAAAGGAGGAGCUUUUUGUCAACUUUCCUUGGGGAGCCCUAUCUCAAUCUCGAUAGACUGCCAUAGUCAUAUUCAGAGGCAUCUGUGAAUAUCUUUGGUUAGAUAGUGAAGCACACUAAUAUAGUGUUUGUCUGCAUGAUUUAAUACUGGAGGUCAUUAACAUCUGCAUCAGACAGGUUUAGAGAAGCUUUCGAAGUCUUUAUAUGAACACCUGUGAUACAUUAACGGCCUUGUUGCCCUCCUGAUUAAAUAAUCAGGAAACCAGUCUUUUUUUUUUUUUUUUUUUUUUGUAACAUCCUUGUAGUAGAAACUAGAAACAUACGUCCUGCUUCAUAAUUCACCUCUAGGAUUUUAAUUA